AUGCCCAACAUCCCCGCCCGCUCCGACCGAUGGCAUCACGCCCUGCGCGACCGACUACAUCUGGCCUCCCUUGGGCUCCUGGGCCCCGAGUUCCUGCUCAUGCUGGCCCUUGGGCAAUGGUCUUCUACCCGGGCGUCUGUCAAGACCUUGACACAUGCGUACUAUGCCGAUAUGGGGGGAUUCCUGUUGGAUGACGACAUCAACGAUCGCAACAAAUCGGACGCGGUAUCUCGGGUGAUCGCGGUCGGUCAAGCGCUCUGGCUUCUCAUCAACUGUGCCAUACGCUUAGCCCAGGGGCUUGCCCUGACGACCUUGGAGCUCACCACCAUAUCUUUUAUGAUCGUGUUCCUGGUGACAUCGUUCUGCUGGCGCUUCAAGCCGUCAGACAUCACAAGCACUAUUACUGUGUUAGCCCACACGCAUAUUGACACCAUUCGCCAAGAGAACUGUCCUACCCCACGAAGGCCAUGGCACGAGACGCCACUGGAUUUUGUAUGCGAUGAUGUCUCCUUUUGUGGCGUGCACUGGCGCUACUACACGGAGAUCUUGCGACGAUGGCGGAUCCCGAUGUUCUCACGCCCCAUGACUGCUCGACCACGCGAUCGAAUCCCCAGCGAUACCUUCCCGGUCACGGAUAUGGAGGCAGACUGCAUCGCCACACCAGUACUCCUUCUGUUCGGUUCGAUGUUCAUGGUGACCUGGGAUUUCCACUUCCCCUCACGCGCCGAACACAUCCUGUGGCGGAUCGCCAGCAUCUACAACCUAGUCUUCACUGUCGUAGGCGGGUUGCAUGCCGGGUACUGUGAUAAGAUUGUUCUCCCCAGAGCGUAUCAGGAGCGGUUGACUCUUCCAUUGUCCAGGACAAAACCCUCAGAGAAAUCGGACAAGCGAUGUGAUAGUCUUCGACGCCUCGCGGCGAGAUUGAGAAACAUCGACCCGUGCCGAGAUCCGCGGAGGGAGGUCCCUCUGCGAGUGCUUUUGCCGACCACAAUACUCUGCGCGAUGUAUUGUGUGGGUCGAGCCUAUAUCCUCACGGAGGACUUUAUUGGAUUGCGCAGUUUGCCUGCCACUGCUUAUAACACAGUCAGCUGGUCUGACUACGUGCCGCAUCUUUGA